UAAUACUUUCUCUCAAUAAUGUCUUGAUUGCAUAUCUUAGGUGUAUAUGCAUAUGUGUAUGUAUAUAUGCAUAUGUGUAUGUGUAUGCAAAUCUUAAGUGUUGCAUAUCUUGCUCAUAAUACUACUUUCUUCUUUUUCCAUGGCUCUACAAGUCCUCUACGUGUCAUUGUUUUUCUCCUUUGUUCUCUUAGCCCUUCUUGUACAAAAAGUAGGAAAGAAGCUCAAGAAAACAGACACAACAUUUAACCUUCCAAAAGGGCCUAGAAAGCUACCUAUUAUAGGAAAUAUUCACAAUUUGCUAAGCUCUCUACCCCAUAGGAAAUUAAGUGACUUGGCCAAAAAAUAUGGACCUGUGAUGCAUCUUCAACUUGGAGAGAUUUCAACUAUUGUUAUUUCAUCCCCCGAGUACGCUCGGGAGGUGAUGAAAACUCAUGAUAUUAACUUCGCAACAAGGCCUCAAAUCCUAGCUAUAGAAAUAUUGGCUUACAAUUCAACAAAUAUAACUUUUGCUCCUUACGGUAAUUAUCAUAGACAAGUACGAAAAAUUUGCACAUUAGAGCUAUUAAGCCUAAAAAGGGUCAACUCCUACCAACCAAUAAGAGAAGAUGUUCUCUCCAAUCUUGUCAAAUUGAUUGCUUCAGAGAACGGAUCACCAAUCAAUCUCACUGAAGCUUUAUUUUCUUCAAUAUACACAAUUGUUUCGAGGGCAGCCUUUGGCAGUAAAUGCAAAGGCCAAGAAGAAUUUAUAUCAGUGGUAAAACAAACAAUAAAGAUUGCAGGAGGUUUUAACUUGGGAGAUCUGUUUCCUUCUGCUAAAUGGCUACAGCAUGUUACUCGUUUGAGGCCUAAGAUUGAGAGGCUUCAUCGACAAACUGCUCAGAUACUUGGAAACAUCAUCGAUGAGCAUAAAGAGGCAAGAUACGGAAGAUUAAAAGAUGAUGAAGGCGAAGAAGAUCUAGUAGACGUUCUCUUGAAAUAUGAAGAUGGUAGCAACAAGGACUUUUCCUUAACAAAAGACAAUAUCAAAGCCAUUAUCAUGGACAUUUUUGGUGCUGGAGGUGAUACAUCAGCAAUCACCAUAGAUUGGGCAAUGGCAGAAAUGAUAAGGGAGCCAAGAAUAAUGAAGAAAGCACAAGCUGAGGUGAGAGAGGUUUUUAAAUUGAAUGGAAGGGUUGAUGAAAAUUACAUUAGCGAACUCAAUUAUUUGAAAUCAGUUGUCAAAGAAACCCUUAGGUUACACCCUCCAGGACCUCUUUUGCUACCAAGAGAAUGUGGUAAAGCAUGUGAGAUAAAUGGUUAUAACAUACCGUUUAAGAGUAAGGUGAUAGUCAAUGCUUGGGCAAUUGCAAGAGAUCCAAACUACUGGGCUGAACCAGAGAGGUUUUAUCCAGAGAGAUUCACUGACAGCACUAUUGACUCUAAAGGGGAUAAUUUUGAGUACAUUCCUUUUGGUGCUGGAAGAAGAAUUUGCCCAGGAAGUAUAUUUGGUUUGAGAAGUGUUGAGGUGGCGCUUGCGAUGUUGUUGUAUCAUUUUGAUUGGAAGCUUCCAUGUGGAAUCAAAAGUGAAGAAUUGGACAUGACAGAGGAAUUUGGGGUUACAAUGAGAAGAAAAGAUGAUCUUGUAUUGUUUCCUUCUGUUUAUCAUCCUUUGAAUUCCGUGUGAGGUUUACAAAAAAAUUAAAGUUUUGGCGGUGUACCUGUAAUGUUUUUAGUGUUAGAUAAUAAAGUUAAUGGGCUAUGCUAUUCUCGAGUAACGUUUUGUAAUGUUAAGUUAUUGAUUUCUAUAAAAAUUGUCGCCUCCGUUGUUGUUCCCAUUCUCUCUUUAUUUUGUAUAUGUAUUGUUAACAUGGUAUAAAGACCUAGUUUUGAUCCUCCUUGAA